GCGCGUGUUGAAAGAUGCAGCCUGGUGGAGAAUGCGUGCAUUGAGCAGCCGGCGCGCGCACGGCACUCAGGCUCUUCCUCCUGCCCCAAUGCAGCGGUCGUCGGGCGCGCCCAGCUUCGCCUCACCAAUGAGCGCCGCUCGCAGCGACACCUUCGCCUCGUAACCGUGUUGAAAGAGUGGAAAUAUACGCCUGACACUUACACGGACGCAGCGAGAAUUCUGGAAGGUCCAGCCAGCAGGCGAGGAUGAAUUCCAUACGGCACGUGCCUUCCAGGGUGAAAAGCAGGAGGACUGAGACCACCUUGGGGGCGGAGAGAGAGCAUUUUGACAAGCAGCAGCUCACAAGUAUCAGCAAAGCCAUCAGUGCCAGUGAGACGCCGGUAAAGGAGAAGCAUGUGCGCAGGAUCAUUUUGGGGACACACAGAGAGAAGGGUGCCUUCACCUUCUGGUCUUAUGCCCUGGGCCUGCCACUGGCCAGUAGCUCCAUUCUCAGCUGGAAGUUCUGCCAUGUGCUACACAAGGUGUUGCGGGACGGACAUCAGAAUAGUCUACAGGACUGCAUGAGACACAGCAGCAACAUUUCUGAAAUGGGAGCUCUCUGGGCUAAUCUUCAUGAUCGAUAUGGACAGCUGGUCGCCCUAUAUGCUAAACUCCUGUGCAACAAGAUGGAAUUCCAUAUGAAGCAUUCAGAAAUACCACCCAAUCUAGAGGCCUCAGAUGAGGUUCUGGAACGCACGGCCGGGAGCGACAUUAACAAUGUGUUCCAGCUCACAGUGGAGGUGUUUGAUUACCUGGAUUACGAGCUAAAGCUGGCAGAGACUGUGCUCCGGCAGCUCAAUACUUCCAUCGCCAUUUCCACCACCACAUCUGGACAGUGUCGUCUGGCCCCUCUCAUCCAGGUGAUCCAGGACUGCAGCCACCUUUACCACUUCACCGUGAAGCUUCUUUUCAAGCUACAUGCCUGUUUGCCAGCAGACACCCUCCAAGGUCACCGGGACAGAUUCCAUGACCAGUUCCACAGCCUGAAGAACUUUUUCAACAAAGCCAGAGACAUGAUGUACUUUAAAAGACUCAUCCAGAUUCCCAAGCUGCCUGAUUCACCCCCCAACUUCCUGCGUGCAUCUGCACUGGCUGAGCAUGUGAAGCCAGUGGUGGUCAUUCCUGAUGAAGAGCCACAAGAUGACGAUGACCCAGAGCCGCUCAUUGAAGUCAGUGAGACGACGCAGCCCAUCACGCAGAGCCAGCCGCAGCAAUUUGAUAUAUUCGACCAAACAUUUGGACCUCCCAAUGGUGGUUUUGAUAACAGGGACGUCCAGAUAGACAACCUGAAGCGGGAAAUUGAGAUGCUUCGGGCUGAGCUGGAAAGAAUCAAGGCUGAGGCCCAGCGCUACAUCACACAGCUCAAGUCCCAGAUCAACAGCCUGGAGGCUGAGCUGGAGGAACAGAGGGUGCAGAAGCAGCGUGCCCUGGUGGAGAAUGAGCAGCUGCGCAUGGAACUGGAGGCCCUACGGAGGCAGAAUAACGAGCACGAGAACCUGCAGGCCACUUUCCUGGAGGCAGAGAAGCGUGCCCAGGCAACUGAGAUGCGGUACUCAAAGCUGAAGGAGAAGCAUGCAGAGUUGGUCAGCAGCCAUGCUGAGCUGCUCCGGAAGAGCGCAGACACCGUCAAGAUGCUGUCAGCUACCCAGCAGACACAGGAGGAAGUGGCCCGGACCAAGCAGCAACUGGCCUUUGAGGUGGAGCGCAUCAAACAGGAAGCUGAUAUGAAGCUGGAAGAGCAAAAGUUUGAGAUGGACAAGUUGAGGAGGGAGCUGGAGGAGCGCCAGACGGAAUUGUCACGCUUCCAGAGCUCUCUGCAGAGCAAUGUGGCAGCAGGGGAGAAGAUGAACAUGGCCCUCCAGUCCCUGCAGGCAGAAAAAGAGGCCCUGAUGCGUUCUGUGAGUGAACGUGAUGCAGAGCUGUCCUCCCUGCGCCAGGCUGCACAGCUGCAGCAGUCAUCCCUGCAGCAGGAGAGGGAGCGGAGCAGCCGGGAGCUGGGUGAACUGCAGGGCAAGCUGCAGGAGAAGGCAAGCCGAGAGGAGCAGCUACAGAAGAAGCUCUUGGAGGAGCAGUUCUCUCUGCUGCAGGGCACUGUGGCUGAGGCUGAGGCCAUCAUCCAGGAUGCAGUGGCAAAAUUAGAUGAUCCUUUACAUGUGCGUUGCACCAGCUCCCCAGAUUACCUGGUGAAUCGAGCGGAGGCCACUUUGGGCUCCAUUGACAAGGUGAAGCAGGGCCAUGUGAAUUACUUGAGGAACAUGGGAGAUGCCAGCAGCCUGCUGAGGGCCCUCACUCAGUUCUCCCAUCUGGCAGCUGACACCAUUGUUAACGGCAGUGCCACUGCGCAUAUGGCACCCACAGACCACGCCGACCGUUUGACAGAAAACUGCAGAGCCUGUGCCACCCAGAGUCUGCUGUUCCUGCAGGAGCUUAAGUCCAGGGCCUCCCUACAGAAAGCUGACCCAACAGCCAUUCACGUGGUUGUCCAGCGCAUCCUGAAACUUGGCCAGGAGCUGCAGCCCAAGGGCAGGGACAUUCGCCAGGAGGAGCUAGGGGACCUUGUGGACAAAGAGAUGGCGGCUACAUCAGCAGCCAUUGAGGAGGCAGUGCGAAGGAUCGAUGAAAUGAUGAAUCAGGCAAGAAAGGACACAUCAGGGAUCAAGCUGGAGGUCAAUGAGAGGAUCCUUAACAACUGUACAGAUCUGAUGAAGGCCAUCCACAUGCUUGUCAUAGCCUCCACAAACCUCCAGAAAGAGAUCGUGGAAAGUGGGAGGGGUGCUGCCUCUGUAAGGGAGUUCUAUGCCAGGAACUCUCGCUGGACAGAGGGACUCAUCUCUGCUUCCAAGGCUGUUGGCUGGGGAGCCACGCAGAUGGUAGAGUCUGCUGACAAGGUGGUUCUGCAUACAGGAAAGUAUGAAGAGCUGAUUGUGUGUUCCCACGAGAUUGCUGCCAGCACCGCCCAACUUGUGGCUGCCUCCAAGGUGAAGGCAGACCGCAACAGCAGGAAGCUGACCACUCUCCAGCAGGCAUCUCGCUAUGUUAAUGAGAUGGCAGCCAAAUUGGUGGCCUCCACUAAAACAGGCCAGGAACAGAUUGAAGAUAAAGACACCAUGGACUUCUCCGGGAUGUCUUUGAUCAAGCUGAAGAAGGAGGAAAUGGAGUCCCAGGUGAAGGUACUGGAACUGGAGACCCAGCUUGAAAAUGAGCGCUUGCGCCUUGGAGAGCUCAGAAAGAAGCACUACGAGCUGGCCGGGGUGCCAGUGGAACCGCUGGCUGAGGGAAACGGCUUCACCAGUGCGGCACCGCUGUCACCCAAGCCCACCAAGCCCAUGCUCAUGAAGAAACCAUCCGUGGCCCAGAAACCAAACAUCCCACCGAAGAACCCGUUCAAGUAAAGAGCCCCUGAUGAAGGUGACCUUGAUGGAUUACAGAUGGACAGAUCUGGUAUGCAGAUGUCCCCUCCCACGCUGCUGAUAUCAGUUUGAUCUGGAUCAUGCUCUCCAUUGGGGGAACUGUUUGGGUUUCACUCUUAUCAUCAUAGCCCACUUUAGCCAAAUUUAACCUGGAAACCAUAUUUUGCCUUUGGUUAUUUUACAUUUUAUUAAAGGGAAGGUGCAUUUUAUUACUUAGCUAUCAAUCUUGAAAAGUGAUAUCAACAGAAGAAAAAUAUCAACUCCUGUGAAAAUUCCUCAUAAAAGUGUGUUGGUGUGGGACCAGACAAGAUGUUUCUGUGGAAGUUUUUUGUCUUCAGUAUCUCUGUCACACUGAAUGAAAUUCCAUAUAAAUGCUGUUGAGAAUUUGAGUUACUAGCACAUUGAUGCUGUUUACAGUUUCUCUACUUGUUUUAAUGAAGUAUGAUAUAAUAUUUCAAAUAAAAUACUUUUGUUAUCAAUCCUAAACAUAUCAUAUAUAUAUUGUUCAUUUAUAUAGGAAACGGCUGGUUUGCUCAUCUUGCGCACACCGUUGUACAUUCUGGUGGGCUUUUUGCCCCAGUAGUGAGGCACAGGUCAUAUGAAAACAUGUAUUCAGUGUGCUGCCCUAUACUUAGUGUACAUUGUUCAGUUACUUUAAUUACUUUUUUUUUAAACUGUAUGAGUGAAGUCCACAAGGUAUGGAGUAGAUUAGGCUUAAUUUAUGAUAGCUCGUUAUAACCACCAGAGCACUAUUUCUCAAUGCAAUGAGACUUUUUAAUUUGUAAGUAAAAGGUCAAACUGACUUUUAAAUAUGAGGGGGAAAAACAAAAUUCAAAAUUUCACUUUGUUUUAGGAUGCUGGAAAUAUGCCUCAUCUAAGUCAAUUAAAAAUAUUUCCCCUCUUUGCAUAAUUCUGCUGAUGUUGGUAAAUACCUAAAAGACACGGCAACUCCAAUACAGUCAAUCGUAAUUUAUUUUUGUCUCUUACUAAUGGAAAGUAGUCUGUUGCAGUAACUGUAAUUUAACAGAGUAGGAUGAUCCUGCCUAUUCAAUCUGCCUAUCACCUGAACCUUAUUCUGCUGGUGAUAUAUCCAAAUUCUUCUGCAUGUGUUUUCAUUGUAUGCGUCUCUCAGCAGACAACAGCUGAGGGGGAACACUGUGUGAAGGGCGUGCAGUAAAGCACCUGGCCAACACUGAACAGUAACAUUUUCCUAUUAGGAAUGUAACCAAGACAGGGAGCAAAGGUCAGUGUUGAAAUGGGCACAAGAAAGCUGUACAUAUUUUUGAGGUGAUGAGCAGAAUCUCUUCCUGCACCCUUCGGUGCUUUCUUGAAAAGGGAUGUUGCUAAACACUUUCCUCCCUUUACUGGGUUCUGUAUUAAAUUUGUCUUUAUACACUCAGAUCUCUUCAUAUAUUUUAGUAUGGAUUAUUGUGUUAUCCAAAUCAGUGUGUAAAUGUCAUAUGAAUAAUAAAUGUUUAUGAACAGCAAUCUCACUGUCAUUACUGAACAUUUGCAAAGCAACUCUGUAUAGUUGAAUAUAAAUAUUUUGCUGUAUUUUACAAGGAAUGAUGCUGUGCCAGAAAUGUUCUAAUUAGAUUUAGAUUUGUUUUUACAAAAACUGAUGUUAAUACUGAAAUUAGGUGGUCAUUGGUUAAGUAGGUUGCACUGGUGUUGUAUAGCUUCUGGGCUGUAGACUGGGACAUGGGUUCAAAUCUGGAUCAGUCGGUGUGGAAUUUGCAUUUUUAAUUUUCUCUGCUGCAGUCCAAAGAGGUGUGUGUAUGUGUGAAAGUGACAGAUUGCCCUGAAAUGGAUUAGGGUGUUCUCUGCCCCAUGCACUGUAUCUCUGGGAUAAGCUCCAGGCCUCAGUGACCCUGCACUGGACAGAAGGUUAUUAAUAAUGAAUGGAUUGAUGUAAUUGUUUGGUCUUCAACUGCCUAAUGAUGUCAGGAAUUUUAACACUUUUUCUUGCUUUUGCCAGUUGGGUCAUGGAUAAAAUAUUAAAUAAAGCCAAAAAGGAGUUUUCUAUUUAAAAAAAAAGUCCAAACUUGUCUUCCUGCAAUAAUUUUUUUUUUUCCUGCUAACCAUACUAGUUGUAGAUUGCAGCUCUUAUAAAC